AUGGAUGACCAUCCAUCGUCAGGUACGACGACGCAUAGCUCAGUGAGUAGUAAGACAACGGACGUUGCGGCGCGGAUCAGAACAAAGAGUCUACUUGGAACUACGUCUUCAGAGCAGAUGUAUAGAGGUGGUCAAGCUAGAGGACACGGUCAGGACCAGCCAGAGCAGAUGAUGAAAAGUGUUAAGGCUUCCCUUAAAAAAUCCAUCUCCGAAAGCAUCUUGAAGGAGCAUCACGACGCGUCUCAAGAUGGAUCAACAUAAGGGUGACGAGAGAGCUCUAAUUAUAGUGGAAGACUAAACACGGGAAGACAGAGUAAUUUCAGUACCUACGAAGAGGCGCGUGGCAUUCUUCCAGAGAAGCAGCAGACACCAAUAGAACCGCCAUUGCGGCUACCCGAAGUCGUCCUGCAGAUGCCGGUGGAAGUUGUCCAUGAUCUUGAUCAAGGAGGGUUGGUUCAUGGGUCUGCUCCCAACAGGAAUCAGAAUCAUAUACUCACAGAAUUGCCGGUACAAACCGUUGCAGCAAGAAAUAGUAGGACUGCAGCAGGUGAUCCUAUCGUUGAGUCAACCACUUCGUUUCUCUCUCCACCAGCUGUGUCUCCGGAACCCGGGAAUCGGAGUAACCAUGGCGCAUCGAAAGGCGUAGGAGUAGGUUCUCAAGGAGUAGGCGUAGGAGUACAGCUACAAGGUGCUGACGUUAAGGCUCAAUGUAUAACUCAAGAAACUCAUUUCCGAAGGUCAUGUCUCUUGGUUUCCUUACAGGAACCCGAAGAAAUGAUUUGCUUGGCGCUCUAAUGAUGCUCUGGCGAAAAGCUUGAGCGUAGUAUCUUCGCAGAACAGUGACCCAAUUUUAGACAGAUAUCAAGAAUUCUUAAUGCACCAACGAGAACGCGAGGAGCAGGAACGAGGAGAGGAGCCUAGUUGUGGAAGUAUAGGAACAUCAAGGACAACGACAACGGCAACGACUAGUAAGAAUGUAUCAGAGCAUUCAUCCGCAUCAUCUGCUUCACAAACGAGAAUAAAGGAUGCACACAAGACAGUGUUGACUGCUGCUCAUAACGACAAACUAGACAUUGCUGGCACGACCAUCAUGCCCACAGGUGGAGCUGGAGGAGCUGGUGGUGGAUGUAGUACUAAAAAGAUGAAAAACUACAAUAAUACGUCGAGUGAAGUAGACAUCAAAGAGGAGCAGGGAGGUAAAGAGCAGGAAGGCGAAGGAAUUAGUCCCACGCUUUUGCAGAUACGUCGAACAACCAGCAUGGGCGCUUCUUCGGUGACCACCACAGCGAGUGGAACAUUUCGCAGUGGCAGCGGGACAACUUCCUGUUCAAGUGGGUCAGAGAGUACGACUUUUAUACGAGCACAAGGAAGGCCACAGCGGUUUUGUGCACCCUUAUCGAUGAACGGUUCAUCGCGACCGAAGUAUCCGUUUCAUGGGGGUGGAAAUAAUCAUGCUUAAGGCUAAUGAUUAUUUUAAGCGAAACAAGUUGUCUUCAAGAAGAAAGAAGGCUUCAGACUCACUCAACAAUUGAGAAGGCCGAAAAUAACCCAAAUAUCCCUGCUUGUUUUUCCCAUUUUUAUUGGCCAUGAUCCAGACGUGGCCAUUAUAUAGUGCCUUGUCUGGAAGGUGUCCGGAGAUGACAAUUGGAAUAAUUGCUAGUAGUGUUUCUAAGACAGUACUUCCUAUCCCAGUCCAUCAACGGCGUGGUCAGGUGUGAAGUCAGGCAUGAAUCGGCAAAGAUCGGUGUCUCCACCAAUACCAGUAGCAGCACGUAUAGAAGCCUCACCAGGACGCCACUCGCCAGGAAAUAGGUUCGGGAAUUUUUACUUAUCUAUGAAUCAUUUAAUAAGUUAUCGUAGAAUUAGCAUCUUGCACCAGUAUGUGCAGGUAUUUUUAAUACUACAGGAGAGUCAUCGUGGUCAACAUGAUCAUCGUAAGACAGUACUAGCUUUCUCUUGAUGUCCUCCUCGUUCAGUGCAAUCUUCAUCAACAUCCUACAUUCUAUCAUGUAUACAUCAUUUAGGCUGGCUCCAGCACUAUACAUCAUUUCAGGCCACAAGUGCGGAGUGGUUUGCCAUCGCGGUCUAGCUCUCCGACUACGAGACGUGUACAGUCGCCAUUUCGCUAUUUUAGUUCCUCAGCUCCUGGUGGGCCUCCACAGAAUAUCAUAGAAGGAGUUAACAAGAAAGUGAGAGCACAGCCAGCGCAUAAUCUCACAACUGGUGGAGGAGAAGCCCAAGUCGUAGUAGAGCAAAAGCGAAGACAGCUGAGUGCGUCCGAUUCUUUCACGCAGUUGCAGCACUCACUGCAGACGGAACAGAAGACGUUGCAGCGAAGCAAGAGCACGAUGAGCCAACAUAGCAGUUGUCAGGGUGGAUCAGCAGUUAUGGUAGUUGAUAAUAUUUCUAAUUCAGCUCCAUAGAGAGGACUAUCUCAGUUUCCUUCUAGGAUAUGAAGUAUUGAUGUGAGCGGAAAACAUGAAGUAUUGUGAGCUCUAAAGCAGCCCAUGGACUACCAGAAUCUUCAACAGCAGUCGCGUGCUUAAGCCAAUUACAUGAGGGUGGAACAACUACCUUACAGCAAUAUUGGUCACCCGCCAAGGUGUUAGGUAUAUUGCUGAGGCCUCAUGUCUACUGUCGUAUCCGGCCAGUGCUGACACGAGAACGGAGGACACGCAUGUGCGUCAAAGUUCGAAGCGAAACAACAGAGGAAAUGCUCUUAUGCAAUUAUAAAAAAGUAAACUACAAGAAUAACGCUCUUCCAAUCUAAUCUCCUUCAUCAUUCGCUUUAGGAGAAUGAGAUUAAGUUUAUGUACGAACGAAAACGAACACAAAGAAAAAGGGUCUUCCCUUCAAACAAACAUAUUCUUACUUUCUCUCUGUUCUCGCUCUUUCUUUUUACACGACGAGAAUAUAAUCAAUUUCUAUUGUCCUUCUCCUCUCUACAUCUUAUCUUCUGUUGUCUUUUCUCUCUCCUCACUUUCUAAAUUGCCUCGACGGCAGCGGCGAUUGCCACAAAUUGAUCGCAAUCAAAGACAAAGAGACUACCGAACUACGCGAAUUCAAGUUCCACAACGUCUUUCGGCACGACUCCACUCAGGAGGAGAUCUUUCGAAAUAUUGGAGAACCGUGCUUUCAGAGCUGGGCUUAUAAUUAUGAGGUGGUUCUAGGUCUAGAAGGACGAAGAAGUACUGUCAAAUGCUUAACGAGAGUGAGAAAGAAACACUGAUGUACUCGAAAACUCAAAAUAACCGAGUUACUGACUGAAAUAAGGGGCGUAGCUUAAAGUCAAGGCGACUCGUCCUUCUCGUCAGUCUCUCGGUUAUUCUGAUCAGUUACUUGCUUAUUUCAGUUUUUCGAAUAGAAAGAAGGGCGAAGAAGUACAACGGAAAUUUAGUUGAACUAAUCGUAGUUGUGUCAGGUCGUUCUUCUUAGAAGGAGGCUCGAUGUGAAGGAUCUAUAUCAACCAUGAUUCGGCAUCAUUUUUGUUUGUCUCUAGUAUCUCUAGCUGUAGUAGAAUUGAUGCACCGCUUGCAUUUCGGUAUAUUGUGUUUUGGCUUGCAAACAUUAAAUAUCUUCUAAUACGCCAACAUUUCCACUUGUCUUUUUGCGCAUGGGCAGACGUCUACGGGUAAGACCUACUCGAUUAUAGGAGAUGUAAGCAGUGCGGCCAAGGGCACCUUGGAGUCGCCUGGAGCAACGCCGCUAGCAGCGUUUCCGCACGCUGGUAAGAAGAAUGAUUUUUAUUCUGUCGUGGUUACUUUACUUGCAGAAGAACAAGGGUGAAUACAAUGAUGGGUAAGAUGAACUAAUGUACUGCAGAGUAAGUACUAACUACUUCAUCUCCUCUAUCUUGGGGUCAAAGUAGAACUUUAGUAACAAGAAUACUGAGAGCAUACGAGGCAGCCUAAAAUCACUGUAGUGGUCACAUUUUCUUUUUCUAUCACACUUGUCGAUCAAAGCAACUUGCUAACAGGUCUUUUACCUCGCAUCCUCUGGCGAUUUUUUGAGAGUUUCUCUUGUUUGGGUAUCAGCAUUCUGGAAAUCUACCGAGAACAAAUUCACGACCUUCUGAAUCGUAGGGCUUCCGUGAAAUGCUAUAGUAGUUCAGCCCAAACGAUAAAGCAUAGUGUCGUGAAAAUCAACACCUACAAUUACCGUAGCGCUUUACGUCUAGUGGAGCGAGGGAACCGACACAGAGUGGAGGUAAUGUUUUUGCGCAAAUUUGUUUUUGUAUCUAAAGAAUUCGUAUCUACUAGUACUAAAACUAGAAUUACUGAAAGUUUGCGCCACUUGUUUCGGCUUGUUUUCCCAGGCCAAAACCCUUAUUUUCUGAGGCCAAAACGACCGAACUGAGCCUCACUUUCCGAAACCCUUUUACUUUCACACGACUCCCUCUUACUUUUUCAGGCCAAGACCGCUCUAAACGCUUCAUCGUCGCGUGGGCAUCUUAUAAUCAUUUUAGAAUACAUGGGGGAAACCCUGUGCAUUGUUGAUUUGGUUAUGGGUACCGUCAACCCAACUUUUACACCAUCUCGCAGCCAAUUCCUUCUUGGAACAAGCUCAAGGGUUUACUAAAAGAUGGGUUGACGUUGCCGCUAAUUUGGCGGGUAAGGAGACAGAGGCGGGAAUACAUAGUUUCCGUCAUGUAGUGGAAGAAACGAAUCGGCGUAGAAGCCUGCGUAGUAUGAGAGACGAGUUCGCAAGAAGCCAGUCUGGAGGAGCACAAUCACGACUGCUCCCGCACAACCUACAGCCAGAUUAUCGACGAGAUUAUGAUGAGGAGGUCGUUCACUUUUAUCAUCAAAUAUGAAAGACGGCACAGGGAGAACCAUCAACUCAUGUAUUUUUUUUAGUGCCGUGGUGGUUGAAAGAAUAUUGCGACCUUUAGUUGCUGGUGAUCAACAGCUGGUAAAGACGAGUGAUCACUUUAUAUGCAAUGGCGACGUUAAUAGUCGAAGGUCCUUGUUAUAGUUUAGCAUUAUUUUUUAGAGUUUGCUUGGACUCUCUCUGAAGUAGAAUACUUAAAUACGUUCAAACUAGCCUGAUAUGGUUCUUAUUUUGCAGCAAGCUUCUUGCUGAUUUUGAAGCAGUUUUGUGCUUGUAAGCUAGAGCGAUUGCGUUGCUCAUUGGAUGCAUACGGGAUGUACUGAAGGUGUCUUAAUCAAGAGCAGUGAUGUACCUUGAAACUUUGAUGCAAAUAGUAAGAUGAAACCCGAUCCAAACUUCUGCAAUUCAGUGUCAGGUGGGACAUCAUCAACACAAAAAGUUGAAUUUUCGAAAUUUAGUUUGAGCGUAAAUGCAGCUCAUUGGAUUUGAAUUCAUUCAAAACGAGAUAAAGUCAAAAUUUCUUUGAUAAUUGACUCGUUUUCAAUGAAUAUAAAUCCAGUCAGCUCCAAUUGUACGCAGAAGUAAAAAGGACAAAUUCUGGUGAUGAGAACAAAGCAACGUGGGACUAUCUAUUUUCUUUUAGAUCAAAAACAAAAUCUAGUGUUCAGAUCCAAUAUUCUAUCUAGUAGAGUACAGAAGCUUUUCCUUAGCACUAUGAGUAGUCUUUUUUGAAUUGGUUGUCUGCUAGUAGGACUGCUACUACCAAAAAUAGUACUUCCUUGCUGAGUUUUUACUGACCACCGCAUACCGCUGCUGCUAAGUAAAAAGUGUUCGCAUCGUUAACCUAUCACGUCCUAUCCUAUCCUAUGUAUCCUAUCCUAUGUAUCCUAUCCUAUGUAUCCUAUCCUAUGUAUCCUAUCCUAUCAUCAUUAUUCUACUUGCUACUAUCGUCUAAAGUAAAGACGAAGGAGGUGCUGCUACGCUGCCCCAGUCACCUGAGAACUACAUGCUACAUGGUGGAGAUUCGCUAUCGAAGGCGUCGCCAGGAGGAUCCUCACUCUCAGUUUUAUGUCAGCAUUUGCAUCAUCAUGAUCUUCAUCAUAUGAGUAUGUGGUGAUACAACGUUAUUCCAGUACUAGAAAUAAGCUUUUUACCUACUUGUCUGCGAAAUAAGAAAGAUCUUGUCUCAACAGCCCGGACGAAGAGACUUCCUUCAGGCUCGUCGAGUUGUAACUAAAGUACUAGGACUCGAUACAUAGAUGCUGUAGACCAGCAUGCAAUCUCUAAGAAGAACAAGUACGAGCCGCGGGCGUUUCAACCAACGAAGCACUAGUCGUAGUACCGCAGCUUCCACUGCGACCACGCUGCAGAGGAACAACAUUCGAGGUGCAGGAGGAUCAUCUCGCGCAUCCAGCCUGGGCGGUCGUGGUUAUCGUCGGGGAACGUCUCUUGGCGCGACUUCGCGAAGCAACAAGCGGGUCCACAACAGCACUGCUGCUGUUGUUUCUUCGUCCUCCUCUGAUCCAGUACGCCUGUUGGAGCUCAAAUUCAUCAACAAAAGCCUCUUUCACUUAAGGCUAGUUUAUCACUAUCCCAAAUAACCGUUUCAUUUUUGGCUCAUAUUCUUCCUCAGUUGGUCGUGCCGCCAGUCAAACUCUAUUCCUGAGUUGAAUCCCCCUCCGUUUAAAAGGGGAGAACUGACCUCAAAAGAAUAGUAGAAAGCAACUCAUUCAAGAAUCAGGGAUAGUGAAAAAUUAAAGCUAAUGCAGCUCUCGGAGGUUAUCCAAGGACUGCGCAAAGGGCAAAAGGUCUGUUUCCGGAACUCCAAACUGACCUAUCUCCUCCAAGACUGGUUAGCGAGUAAACAGGUGUACUUUUAAGGCGUCAAAUUUAGUAGUAAACAAGCUCUUCAUGAUACCAAUAUUUUGUUCCUUUUUUGGCGGAACAACUAGAUCGGACGAAACAGAUCACUUGACUUCUGAAUCACCCACGACAAUGAUUGGAAUAAUAUACAAACCACUUCUUUGAUGAACACUACUCAAAUCUUCUCAAUGGAAUAAACAAACCACUUUGUUGAUGAAUACUAGGAGUCAAUUUUUCUUGAGAUGGGGUCUUGAGAUUGAGCAUGCACGUACCGAAGUAUAUCCGAGAUCUACACGACGAAGACUACCACUACUUCUUGUUGCACUCGUAGACGAUGAACUUAACAACUGAUGCAUAUUAACACCGCAAUGAUUGGCGUUCACCGUGUAGGUGAAGGCUUAGGUCCCGCGACGCUCAAAGCACUAAGCAAAGCGAACCCUUUAGUUUUCACCUCUGUAAAGUCUAGAAAUAUUUCGGAGACAAUCUAUUUGAUAUGAUCUUUCGUUGUCGAGCAGGAUCAUUGUUCUACUAGAAACGAAAAAACCCUAUUUUUAGCCACCGAUUAGUUGAACAAUACCUUUCUAAUAUUCGUUGGCUACUAUUUCGCCGAGUGAGUUGUGUUUCGAGGAGUCUCUGGCGACGCUGCGUUUCGCUGAUGCAGUGACAAAUUUGCCCAAAGUUCGGAAUCGCCGCCUAGAAGAGUUUCAGAGAGAAGCGGCACAACUACGUAUGGAGAUGGACGACAACGAUUCCUCGUGUGCAAGUGCUAAUGGGGACGAGACCACGAUCCUGAUUUUAAGGCUCAACUUUCAUUGGUCCUUAUUUAGAUGGCUGGGGUCACUGAGAGCGAAGAGGCGCCCCUGUGAGAUAACAAGGGAAAACAAGUUGAGAGGUGUGGGGCCCCUUUCGUUCAGAGUCAGUGACCAGUGAGUGCUGGCCUCUAAUGGUUGCGCCGAGGCUGACACCAGCACAAUUGCAGGCAACGCGAGUGAAAACGAUAGAAAGAUGUGCCGACAGUGGUCUGUUGCUGCCCUCGUGA